AUGUCUACUUCUGUUUCCAAGGACAAGAAACCUGAUUUAUCCAUUGCUAACCCCGACGUUGUCUACAAGUACAAGACUGGAGGUGAAAUUUCCAAUAGAGUUUUAGCUAAAGUACUUAGUCUUAUUAAAGAAGGUAGCACUACAUAUGAGAUCUCCAAGAGGGGUGAUGAAUUGUUAGAAGAGGAAUUGUCCAAGAUUUAUAACUCCAAGAAGACUUCUAGUAUUCCAAAGGGUAUUGCAUUCCCCACAUGUGUUAAUCCUAAUCAUAUUCCUGCUCAUUUAGCACCGGUUAGUGAAGAAGAUGAAAGUAACAUAACUUUGAAGGAUGGUGAUGUUGUUAAUGUUAUGUUGGGUGUUCAAAUUGACUUUUAUCCAGCAAUUGUUGCUGAGACGGUCGUUGUUGGAGCCUCUAAGGAACAUCCUAUCAAUGGACAAAAGGCAGAUUUGGUUAAAUCUGCUUGGAUUGCUUCAGAAGCUGCUAUUAGAAGUUUCCAACCCGGCAAACGUAAUUGGGAUGUCACCAAUAUUGUUUCUGAAGUUGCUAAGGAAUUUGGUACUACACCAGUUGAAAGUAUGUUAACUCACAAUAUUGAACGGAAUGUAUUGUAUGGGCCAAAGGAAGUUAUUCUUAAUCCUACAAAGGAUAAUAAGACUCAAAUGGAAACCCAUAAGUUUGAAGAAAACGAAGUUUAUGGAUUAGACAUUUUGAUUUCCACUUCUGCUGAUGGUAAAGUUAAACCAUCAAAGUAUAGAACCAGUUUAUAUAAAUUGACCGGGAAUUCGUAUUCUCUUAAGUUGAAGUCUUCUCACUAUGCUUUAGGUGAAGUCAAGAAGAAGGUAUCUGGACUUUUCCCCUUCAAUGUUAGAAGUUUGGAAGAUGCUAGAAAAGUUCGUACUGGGAUGAUUGAAUGUUCUAAUCAUAAGGUUAGUUUAUCAUACGAUAUCUUUGCUGAGAAGGAGGGUGAAUUUAUUGCUCAAUACUUUACCACUUUUGCUGUCACCAAGAAUGGUAUUGUUAAGUAUACAUCACCAACUUUUGAUGCUGAAGCCUAUGUUUCUGAUAAGGAGAUUGCUAAUGAUGCUAUCAAGGCAUUGCUUGCUACUCCAUUGCGUGCUCCAAAGAAGAAGAACACCAAGAAGACAGAAACAGCUGCAUAA